AUACAGUCUACACUGCUUUUUAUAGCUUUGAGCAUAAAGGUCUGCAAAUUUGUGAAAAGCCGCUCAAAGUGCCAAUUGGCUCAGUUGAAUGUACCUAAAUAGGUUCGCAGAUUGUUGGCACAAAAAGAUUUUGAUAUGAAUUCUCACAGUGGACUGUUAAUUGGUCGGGGCAACCAAACCAAAGUGGUUGCAGCCACAAGACUUCCGCCAGUUGCACUUAGUCUGCCGAGAUGAGCCGCGCUGUGUGGUACAUUUCUCUGUUGGGUCUGUGCCUAAUAUUGCCUGUACAGCUAGGAGAACAGCGAAUCCGGGCAAAACGUUUCCUCAUUUUUCCGCGUCAAGCUCCGACAAGACAUCAGUUUAUUGCCGGCAUUGGUAUUCCGGCUGAUCUGUCCUAUGAAUCACUGACCGUCGGUCACGUGCUAAAAGCGGAAUUUUUCCUGCCAUACAAUGCGUCCGUGUACCGACAAAACCCAUUUCUUCCGGAAUACAAACAUACUAAAGUGUCCUUAAACGCCGGCAUCGACGAGGCUGAGAUACGUCAAAUUCAAAGGAAUCCCACCCAGUUGCGCUGGCAAAUUUAUGCGUACAUUGAGCACAUGUUGAACGGCUACGGAUACAACGGCCAUGAAUGCAUGCUACAGGCUAUAUGCGAGGCGAAUGCAAUACGCUUUUCGAAACACUUUAGUGUCGUCCAAGAGCUACUGCAUCUGGUGCUUGGCCCCUCCACGACGCUAAAUGGGAACGCUGCGGAGGCCUACGACUACAUACUGGCCGAGAAGAUGAGCUCGCAAUCAAACAGUUGCGACAUUUAUGACUGCAGCAUAAAGCUACUCGAUUGGAUUUCGAGCAUAAUACAAAUAAACUAAGCAUUCACAGCUAAUUAUUAAGUUAUGUUUUCUUACAUUUAUUGACUAGCUCAAACUUUAUAUGUGCGAGUGGAAUUUGAUCUGUCUCUCGCUCUAUAGUAUUUAUAAACAUAUCAGUUCCAGCUAAAACUCUUUAAUAUUUUGGUUUCCUUUUGACAAAUGCAAUUUUCAAUUUGAUUUAAAGCAGGUAUUUUUCAUUGCUUGAGAUUUUUUUGGAAUUAACAUAUUUCUCAUUCUCUCUCGUGCUCAGUCGACUCCUCAUUCAAUUGUAAUUUUAUUUAAAUAUAUGUGUUUACAUAUACACAAAUACCCAAAUUUAUUACGUACAUGAUUUUACUUAAUUAUCUAAUCAGAUAAAAAUGAUUAUAGUACACAAACAUCUAACGUCAAUAUUCUAAUCAGACUUUGUCAUUCCAAAAUAAGAGUUUUAAGUUUUGACAGGAAACAGAAAAUAUAACGAUUGGCAAACUUCGAAAAGCCGAAUAUUAAAUGCUCAAUGGGUUCGAUGUAUUACGAUGCGUGAUCAAAAAUCCCCUUGAAGCUAUAUAUUAUAGUAGUCGCAUGUUAAUUGUAAGGGCAUUUUGUUUAUGUGUUGUAAAUAUAUUGAAAUUGUACUUUUUCGAUAUGGAUGUAAA